ACCUACAACUUUUUCCUCGUUUUCCUAUCUCCAUUCCUCUCUCCCUGCUUUUAUUUUGGCCUCUCUCGGUCAUCUUUUGGGGACGAACUCAAGCGACUUGUACAGACUCGUUAAGCUUUCUUCGAUCCUCACUCGUCUUGGUUUAUGAGCUCGAAGGAGAAACCCACUCUUGGUGGCACGCGGAUUAAGACCCGCAAACGGAAUAUUACGAUACCACUGGACCCUGCGUCUUUUUCUGAUGCAGUGGUCCAGAUUUAUCUGGAUAAUGCUGGUGAUUUGGAACUUAUUGCCAGAAAUAUCGAGUCUUCAGAACUUGACUUCUCAAGAUACGGGGACACCUUCUUCGAGGUUAUUUUCACUGGUGGACGCACACAGCCUGGAACAACAAAACCUGAUGAAGGAGAGCGCCAUCCAUACUCUAUAUUAGACUGUGAACCUAAACGUGAAGCCAUUCUACCAUCUGUUAUCUACAUACAGAAAAUUUUGAGGCGGAGGCCAUUUCUCAUAAAAUAUCUUGAAAAUGUUAUGCGAAGGUUCCUGCAGUCACUUGAGUUUUUUGAGGAAAAUGAAAGAAAAAAACUUGCUAUUUUCACUGCCCUUGCCUUCUCACAGAAGCUGUCGGGCCUGCCUCCCGAGACUGUUUUUCAGCCAUUGCUUAAAGAUAAUCUUGUGGCCAAAGGGCUAGUUCUUUCAUUUAUAACUGACUUCUUCAAGGAGUAUCUCAUGGAUAAUAGCCUUGAUGAUUUGAUUUCCAUCCUGAAGAGGGGCAAAGUGGAAGACAAUCUUCUGGAGUUCUUUCCUUCUGCUAAGCGAUCUGCUGAAGGAUUUUCUGAGCAUUUCACGAAGGAAGGGCUGGUGCCCUUGGUAGAGUACAACGCAAAGAAAAUGUUUGAUGUGAAGCUAAGUGAAAUGAAAUCCGCUUUAACAACCCAGAUAGCCGAGGAAACUGACAUUGCUGAAGUCAUAGAAAGUGUGAAACUUCGAAUGAGAGAUGCCAAUUUACCCGAUAUUGAGGUUGUUCGAAUUUUGUGGGAUGUCAUAAUGGAUGCCGUUCAGUGGUCUGGAAAGAACCAACAACAGAAUGCUAAUUCAGCCCUUCGUCAGGUGAAAACUUGGGCAGAAUUGUUGAAUACCUUCUGCAGCACAGGGAAACUUGAGCUGGAACUUAUCUACAAAGUUCAGAUGCAAUGCUAUGAGGAUGCUAAGCUGAUGAAGCUUUUCCCCGAAAUUGUUAGGUCUCUGUAUGACCAGGAUGUACUGGCUGAGGACACCAUACUCUUUUGGUUCCGUAAAGGAACAAACCCUAAGGGCAGGCAGAGCUUCGUGAAGGCACUGGAACAUUUUGUGAAUUGGCUGGAAGAGGCUGAAGAAGAGGAGUGAGUUAAUAGGUGGAAAGUGAUUUAUGGUGUUGCAUUCCACUGAAGUCCAUCUAAUAUCAUCAUCUAUUUUCUGAGAUGCAACUUGGAAUUGUUAUUGCCCUUUUAAGUUUGGUGGUGUGUUUAUGUACCAAUAAUGAUGACUGAUUUAGUAGCAAUAAUUAUUGUAACGUUAUACUCUACUACGACUUUGGUCAUGCAAUCUUUUGCUCUACUCUGUUUGAGGUGAUAUUUUUGUUAUUUCUCUUUGAUAAAAAUGUACUGAAAAGACUUGGUAGUAUCUUGAAUGAUUUAUCUACUUUUAUUUUA